UAAGUAUUUUAUUUUUAUCAACAAAAUACAAACUCAAAAUAAUAUCCUUAAUAUCCAAUAAAAAUAAGUAAAAACUUUAGCACCUAGACCUUUUUGUGGUCGAAAGUACUUCCUGUAUAUCAGUGCUGAUCUCAUAUAUGAACGAAUAGUGGUAAAUUACCAUCAAAUGCAUUAUUUGUGACCUCAGUGAACGCCCAUUUAUAUUUAUAGUAUUACAACAUUUAAAAAAUCAACAAAAUAUGGAAGAUAUUUUCCAGUGGUGCAAGGAAGGGAAUGCCCUUCAAGUUAGGGUAUGGUUAGAUGAACCUGAACAUGAUUUGAAUCAAGGUGAUGAUCAUGGGUUUAGUCCACUUCAUUGGGCUGCAAUGAAAGGUCACAACAAAAUCGUGGAAAUGCUCUUACUACGAGGGGCAAGGGUCAGUGCCACCAAUAGGGGUGAUGACACUCCCUUGCAUUUGGCAGCUGCCCAUGGUCAUAGGGAAAUAGUAGGCAUGCUACUGAGACAGCGCGCCGACGUCAACUUCACAAACGAGCACGGAAACUCCCCCCUCCACUACGCCUGUUUCUGGGGCUACCCGGAAAUAGCCGAAGACCUGGUCCAACACGGCACCAAGAUCGCCAUUGCCAACAAGUAUGGCGAAACGGCGCUUGACAAGUGCAAAGGCAGCGUUGCCAAGCAGCUGCACGACCUCGCAGUCGAUGCCGGCCAGGACCUCAAGACCAUCAAGUUCAAAGACCAGAGUUGGCUGGGCAUGAAGACCAGAUCGCGGGACGCCACCUUGUCCCGCCACAAGGGCAUCAACAUCAAAGAGCUGCAGACCAAGCAGAAGAUAUCGGAUAACCACAGCGGCACGACUUACAUAGGGAGAUGGCAGAACAACGAGAUAGUGGCGAAGAUACUGAAGAUCCGCGAGGUCACUCCGAGGAUAUCGAGGGACUUCAACGAGGAGUUUCCGAAGCUGAGGAUCUUCUCGCACCCGAAUAUUCUUCCGGUGAUCGGCUGUUGCAACAGCCCGCCUAGCCUUAUUGUGAUCAGCCAGUACCUGCCGCUGGGUUCCUUGUACAACGUUCUGCAUGAGGGCAGCGGAGGUAUAGUAGUGGACACAGCACAAGCCCUGCGUUUCGCCACCGACAUAGCCAAAGGAAUGGCCUUUCUGCACAGCUUGGAGCGCACAGCUCCCGAGUUCUUCUUGAACAGCCGUCACGUGAUGGUGGAAGAAGACCUCACGGCCAGGAUCAACAUGGCCGAUGCGAAGUUCUCGUUCCAGGAGAAGGGCAGGAUCUACUAUCCUGCCUGGAUGUCGCCAGAGGCGUUGCAGAAGAAGAUAACGGACAGGAAUUGGGAGGCUUCGGAUAUGUGGAGCUAUGCCAUAAUGUUGUGGGAGCUGGCCACUAGGGAGGUGCCUUUUGCUGACCAGAGUCCAAUGGAGGUGGGGAUGAGGAUUGCUUUGGAGGGGCUGCGGGUUAAUGUGAAACCAGGCAUAUCGCCGCACUUGAUCAAGCUGAUCAAUAUUUGUAUGAACGAAGAUCCAGGGAAGAGGCCUACGUUCGAUAUGAUACUGCCGAUACUUGACAGGAUGACUCGCUGAUGAUGAUCGACCUCAUGUGUUCAGAAUGCUUUAACUUUUCAGUUGUAAUGUUAAUGUGGACUAAUUGUUUUUAACAUAGUAAUUAUUUAUUGAGUGCCUUUUAAAAUUGCCUUCGAAUGUGCUUUCAUAGAUGGCUGUAACAUAGCUUUAUAUUUUCAAUAAUAUGUAGAUGUAGGGAAGUUUAUAUUUUUUACAAAUCUAAUAUUUUAGGUGUCUAAUUUGUGAAAUAUAUUUUUACUAUACUUGAGUAUUAAUAAAACAUGUUUGUUG